UCCAGACAGUUGUGAGCUGCCUGAUGUGGGUGCUGGAAAUUGAACUCAGGUCCUUUGCAAGAACAAUGUGCGCUAUUUCUCUAGCCCUCAUGUAAGUUCUGUUAUGUUGCAUAUAUUCUGGAUUUCUCUGUCAGUCUGAUUUGUAGGUUUCAAUUUCCAGUUUUAAUGUUUGAAAUUAUCAUUUCCUUAUGGCUUUUCUUUUCACCUUAAAAUAUAUCUCAUUGUGUAAAUUUACAUUUUUCUUAUGAAGGGACAACACUCAAAAAAUAAACCUGGAAGGUUCAGGAAUCUCCUAAAACAAAAGUCACAGUACUUAAUGUACACAUCCACAGUAACAUAAACACAAACAUAUGCUAAAGAGCAUGACUAGCUCAAAAUCUCCUUGUUACAGGAAACCCACCACAGUUUUAGGGAGUCCUUAUCCAUGCUGAGGUAAGCUUUCACUCACUCCUGUGAGUAACUACAAUAAACUCAUUGCUAUACCAAACUUGGGUAGUUUCAUGUCAUUAUUUCCCAAUUUGGGGUAAGAAGACAUUUGUUAACAUAUCAUGAAAAGUCACAUGAGGUCUGAGGAUCAAAUAUAUACCAGUUGCAUGUACUUCCCACAUAGAAGUCAGAGGGAAUGGAGAGUGCCAAGCCCUCCGUGGGCCUUCAUGGUGCGGACUGUCAGUUAAAAAGGCAUGUAUAGACAUAACAGAGCUCCUGUUCAUCUGAAGGUUGCUUGUGUCAACAUUCUAAGCUGCAGCAAUAGUGGACUUCCAUCAUGGAGGUAAAUCCCACUUUCACUUUGUAGCCACUGAAGUUUUGUCUGGAUAGUCAGGCUAGAGGUGACUUGGAGAUGAGUGUCACCGAGACACUGGCUAUGAGUUGAUCAUGUGGAGAAAUCUGGAAAAAUGAAGGCCUGACUAGCCAUGAUUAAUCUUAAAAUCAGAAGUGCACACCUGGGUAGUUCAUGGCAUUGUGUUGAAAUGUAAAUUUAUGAGUGUAAUAUGACUAUGCCAUAAGAUAGACAUAAAGCAUGUAUGCUGAGUGAUUUCUUUAUCAUUUGUAUUCAUGCAUUCUCUACCAAGAUGUUAAGUUCACUUACACCAUCAAAUUUUAACAUUCAGGUUGGAGAAAUGGCUGAGAAGUUAAGAGAACUGAAUGUUCUUACAGAGGAUCUGCUGUGUUUAGUGCCUAGCAUCCACAGGGUGGCUCAAAACUCUCCAUAACUCCAGUUCCAGAGGAUCUAAUGCCUCUACCAACCUCUAUGGACCUCUGAACACACACAGUGUACAUACGUACAUACAAUCAGGCAUAUCCACAUAUGCAUAAGUAAAGCGAUAUAUUUUUUUAUUUAAACAUUGCUACCAGGACAAGCAGGGGCUUGCAUGCUAGUGUUAACACUGUUCCAGACAUCAGGUGGGAAGACUCUGAGACAGGAAGUAGCAAUGCACCUUAGAAAGAGAAUCAGGACAGAGCAGCAGCACAUCCUGUGCCCCGGGCCCAGCAAUGAGAGGAGUGCUGCUACAGGGCUGCUUCCUUCCACAUCCCUCAGUGCUAGUGUUACAACUUCCGUGUCAUGGAAGAGAUGUGUGGAUCCCAGAGUUGAGUGACGCUAUUGUCAAUCAAGUAUGUGCAAUGUUUAGGCCUCAGUGAGCUUUGAGGAUGUGGCUGUGCACUUCACCCAGGAAGAGUGGGCUUUGCUGGAUCCUUCCCAGAAGAGUCUGUACAGAGAUGUGAUGCAGGAGACCUGCAGGAACCUGGCUGCGAUAGGACACAAAUGGGAAAACCAGAACAUUGAAGACCAUUAUAAAAGUCCUAGGAGAAAUCUAAGAAGUUACUUGUUACAGACCUGUGAGAAUGAAGGUGGUAAUCAAGAUAGAGAAAACUUGACUUGGAAACCAAAUCUCAGUAUGAGCAUGAAAAGUUCCACUGGACUAACAUCAUGUGAUCACACUGUAUGGGGAAAGAUUUCCUGGUAUCUCUCAUCCUCUUGUAGGCAUGCCAUAUCUCACUCUCAGUAUAACCCACAUGAACUUGAGGAAUAUGUGAACAAGCAGUGUAACCCUGAUUCUCUGAUAAGCUUCCAGAGGUACAUGAGAACUCAUGUUGUGAAUGGGCCAUGUGAAUGUGAGGUAUGUUUAAAAUAUUUUGGUUUUCCAAAAACACUGGAAAUGCAUCAGGAAACUAAUAGUGGGAAAAAUCCGUAUCAAUACAAGGAAUGUGGAAAGACCUCUGUUAAUAUUACUUCACUAUGCACACAUGGAGGAACUCAUGCUGAAGGAAAAUGUUAUGAAUGUAAUCAGUGUGGUAAAGCUUUGAGUUCUUACAGUUCACUUAGAAGGCAUGAGAGAAUUCAUACUGAGAAAAAACCCUAUAAAUGCAAACAAUGUGGGAAAGCCUUUAGAUACCACAGUUACCUUCACUUACAUGAAAGAAUUCAUACUGGUGAAAAACCAUAUGAAUGUAAACAAUGUGGGAAAGCCUUUAUAUUUCCUGGUGCCUUGCAGGUACAUGAAAAAAUUCAUACUGGAGAAAAACGUCAUGAAUGUAAACAAUGUGGUAAAGCCUUUAGACGUCAUAGUGAUCUUCAAGUACAUGAAAAAAUUCAUACUGGAGAAAAACCCUAUGUAUGCAAACAAUGUGGUAGAGCUUUUAGACUUAACAGUCAUCGGCAGAGACAUGAACAAACUCAUACUGAAGACAGACCCUUUAUAUGCAAACAGUGUGGCCGAUCUUUUGAAUGUUACAGUAAUCUUGAGUUACAUGAAAAAAUUCAUACUGGAGACAGACCCUUUGUAUGUACAGAAUGUGGCAAAGCUUUUGGAUGUUACAGUAAUCUACAACUACAUGAAAAAAUUCAUACUGGAGACAGACCCUUUGUAUGUAAAGAAUGUGGUAAAGCCUUUAUAUGUCAUGGUCAUCUUCAGAGGCAUGAAACAACCCAUACUGGAGAAAAACCCUAUGGUUGUAAACAGUGUGGUAAAGCCUUCAGUCGGAACAGUCAUCUCCAAAGACAUGAAAGAACUCACAAGCAAAUGUCUACAUGCCCCAGAAAAUAAUGAUUCCGCCAAAGUCCAGCUAGGCAAACCAAUGGUUGUGUUAGGAUUACGUCUAGGAACAUGGACAACUAAUGGACAGCUGCAUUUUCAAAAUGCUACCCAUCCUGAGUGAUGACUCACAGGAGCUGCCAUUCUGGAGAUCUCUGCAAAGCUUGGCAGGCAGCUCAACUGACCAGAAAAUCUCUUCUCUCAGCAGUUCUUUGCUGCUUUUGUAACCAAGGAGAAAACCUUGUAAAUCUUUUAAGGCUUAGUUUUCUGCAGUUUGUUAGUUGUUUACUUACCAAGUCGCCAGCCUCCUUCUUUUUCUUUUUCUUUUGUUUUUUGUUUUUUGAGACAGGGUUUCUUUAUGUAUCCCUGUCUGUCCUAGAACUUGGUCUGUAGACCCGGCUAGCCUCCAACUCACAGAGAUCCACCUGCCUCUGCCUCCUGAGUGCUGGAAUUAAAGGUAUGUACCACCACUGCCUGACUCCAGCCUCCCUCUUAUAAGCAAUGUUUCAGUUCAAAGGAAAUCGUUAGCAAUGUUUCUGGCUCUUACAUUUUUUUUAAAUGUUUUUGAACCUUGGUGGGGUGGUAUAAACAGGGCUCUAUAACAAAGCAUUGCACUCCUAUGCCACAGCAACCCUCACUUAGCAGCUCCACCAGUGGCUGUGGGCUCUUCAGCACUAAUGUCUUGCCAUCUAGUUCUGGCAUGGAACCAGGAGCAGUGACAAUAACCUUUAUGGUUUGUGGUACCUCAGGGGCCUCCUUGGCCAACAAAUUACAGCAGGUAUCCCACUCCUGGCACUUGGGUCUAUUUAGCAACCACUGGGAGUGCCCUCCCCAUGCAGAAUGCCUUCACUACUUAAACACUUUAGCCAUUACUUUAAUAACCCAUUAAAAACAAAACUCCGGGCGCAGUGGGUUUAUAAGUCAGGUGAAGUAUGAUUGGAGCUGGCUGCUGUUAUAUGGGCUCUGUGCAUCAGUAUUAAUGACUACUUUUGUCCCUCACCCUUCUGCUAGCACCUAUAUAUAACACGGAGUUGGGUGAGACCCCUUAUGCAUGGAAGUGCUUAUAAAAGGCCUGUGGCAGUUUCCACAAAAGUGAGAACAUAUUUACAUCCCUCGCUGAUAAGCCCCUCAUUGGGCAAGAUGACUUCUAUGUAUCCCAUCAUAGCAUCUAUCAAGGCCAUGAUAAAGAACAGGCCUAACAUGGUGGCAGCUUUUGCCUUGUGGCCAGGAUAUAAAAAAUACCUGUCUCCUGCCUGCAUGCGUUUGCUUCUUGCUGCUGAAGUGUACCUAUUGAUUGUUGUGGGUGUAGCUGCUGCCACAGUCCUCCAGAGAAAUCAUUUGGCCUUCCAACAUGGAAAGAAUAGCAGCAACUCUAAGAAUUUUCCAGGCCUUGACUGCCAAAAUGAGACAGCUCAGGCAUCCAGCUCCAUAGCCUGAAAAGCUACUGGACUGCCCAUCAUGCACACGGCUGUCAUUGGGCUGCCCAGCCCCACUAUGUAAACUCUACUACUGAAUCCCCUUUCAUUGCACACAUACAGUCUACUAGUUCUCUACAGGGUCCUUUGUAAAAUCAUGUGUGGUACAGGAAGGACUGUAGAGAGAUGGAAUCGAUGGCUGGUGAUGUUCUUUUGGCACAAUUCUGAGCAUGCACAAACACCUGGGUGGGGUCCUGUGGACCACAUAUACUAGGCAGAAAGAAAUGCCUUUAGGGAAAAACAAUUUUUAAGUGCUUGUUACAAAAGGACUUAAAUCUCAAACUGGUUUAGUUUUAUUGAGAAGUAAUAGUCUCCAGGACUAUUCAAUAUGUUUUUCCUGUGUUUUAUGUAUGGCUUGCUUUCAUCACUAUAACAUCAGUAUUCUAUUACAAUUGACAUGUUUUCUAGUUUUUAUAUUUAUUUUGAGGCAGAGUCUCACUUGGUAACCCAGGCUAGCCUCAAACUCAGAUCUGCCUGCCUCUGCUUCCCAAUUGCUAGGAUUAAAGGUGUGUGCCAGGCUGUUUUCUAAUUUUUUAAUUAAAAAGAAAAAGUAAAAACAUAAAUAAGCUAUCAAGUAAGAAUACCAAAACAGCCAAUUGUAGAUACAAUUUGGGGGAGGGGGUGAAGGAUAUUAAAGAGAAAAUGCUUUUAGAUAAAAAGAGGUAGAGCCUACAUGGUAGAAAUUCAUGAAUAGAAUGCCGAGGAAUUUCCUAAAUCAGAGUGACCUGUGUACAUGUCAAUGGGAGACUGUCUUGAUGGUUAAUUGAUGUAGGAAGGCCCAUUCCACUGUGGGCAGCACUAUUCCCUAAGUAUAUGUUCCUGAAUGCUAGUCCAGCAUUAGCCUGCUUUCCUACCAGCCAGCAACAUCCUCUGUGGUUCUUGCUGCCCUUCAUUGGCUGUGAAGUGAGUUCUUCAGCCAGAGGUAAUACUGUGUAGAAUAGCAAAACUUGAAGGCCUGCCUUCAAAUUCCUGCCUUGAAUCCCCUCAAUGAUGGACUGUUACAUGAACUGUAACCCAAAUAAACCACACACACACACACACACACACACACACACACACACACACACACAGAGAGAGUUUCUUUUAAGAUGUUUUAUCACAGCAACAGAUAUGAAAACUACCUUUCCCUGUGUGAUAUGAGAUGAUUUUGCUCUUUGUGGUUUCUGGCUUCAUGAGACGGAUGAUAAAAUGUGCAACCAAGACAAAGCUUUGAGUGUCACUGGGAGGAGUACUGGGGUGGCCAUCUUCUACUUGGUAUUUGGUGGCAUGCCUUCCUAUAGGUAUGGGCUUCCCCUCAACAUUUAUUAGAGAAUGUAUUGCAGCAGGGCAUGGUGAUGCAUAUCUUAAUCCCAGCAGUUGGGAGGCAGAGUUCUGAGAGGUCAAGGUCGGCCAGGUUUACAUAGUGAGUUCCAGGCAAGCCAAGGCCUGUCUCUAAAGAGAAAAAAAUAAAUUUAUUUCAGUCUCUGAGCAUAUUUUUUAUGAGGCACAAUAUUAAGUAGGAUGUAGUAUCAGUUGGAUGGUGCUCUGCCUAGUUUUAUGUCAACUUGACACAAGCUACAGUCAUUUGGGAAGAGGGACCCUCAGUUGAAAAAAAAUGCCCCCAUAACAUAAGGCAAACUUAUGUAGCAUUUUCUUAAUUAGCAAUUGAUGUGGUAGGGUCCAUCCCAUUGUGGGUUGAGUCACCCCUGGCCUGGUGGUCCUGGAUGCUAUAAGAAAGAAUGAGCAAGCCAUGGGGAACAAGCCAAUAAGCAGCAUCCCUCCAUGACUUCUGCAUCAGCUCCUUCCUCCAGGUUCCUGCCUGGCUUCCUGACUUCCUUCCCUGAUGGAUUGUGAUAAAACCCUUUCUUCUUCAGUUUUGUUUUUUCCUUUAAAUUUAGCAGGAUGCAAAGAAAAGAGCACA